AUGGGAAAUGGGACGAACCAUCUAGUGAAUCCCUCCCUCUCCAGCAGCAUAACAAAUACUUUUGUUGGCAUUGGUUCUAGCACCGUUGCUGUCAACAAUUCCAAAGGCUUCCGUAUUGGACAGACCGUCUUUGUCAACCGGGCUGCUACGGCUAAGUGGAUCAGAGACAACGGCAUGGCAGACCUUGUCCGCGAUGGAAAGCCACAGAUCUGGAUUGGUGUUGGUGCGCUUAUACAGCAGCCUCGCGUAAUUGAGUCCAUAUCUGGAAACAACAUUACGCUCACCGUUCCCUUGACCGACGCCCUCGACAAGGAGUACAUGAGCCCCUACCUAUCCGAGUACACGCCUCCGCCAACCUCCGCCGAGAUUGGCAUGGAAGAUUUCUCCAUAACGCUCUCACCCACUUGCUCUGGAGUAGCUCUCAACAAUGAGACUUGCACCGCGCCCGCCAUAUCCAUCUCCCCUUGGACCUUCGACAGCUACAUCCGCCGCGUCAACAUCGCGGGGUUCAACAACUUCAUCGAGGUACAGAGCAAUGCCAGCCGCAUCACCAUCUCCGAGGUAGGCAUUUACCGUGACCAAGACACCGACAACACGUCGGGAUACCCGGCAGACAUCUCCAUCAGAGGAUCGCAGGUGCUCGUCCAGGACAGCGGGCAGUAUGGCCUCGCCUCCGCCGCGGGCUUCGCCGUGAUCACCCAGAGCAGGGCCCCGGGGCCCAACGCGGUGGUCCGGCACGCCGCCCGUGGGACGAGACAGUCGCUCUACCCGCAUCACCGGUGGGCGCACGGAUUCCUCGCCGACGACAGCAGCGCACCGGUGGAGUUGGUGAACCGUGGAACAGCCGGGACCGGCCACGGUUGGGCCAUCAAUGCAGGCGUUGCAUGGAAUGUCAGGGGCGCAGCGAGGAUCCAGAGUCCACCGCUGGGGGUGAACUGGGGAAUUGGAGUCACUGGGUCCAUCACAGAGUCAAAUGGGACCUUGGUGAGCAGCGGAACUGCUGUUUCUCCGGCGAGUCUGUUCGACGCUCAGCUAGCACGGCGGAGGGGGAUGGUCAAGCAACGGGGAUCUGACCUUUUGCUUUGA